AUGUCAACGCCAAACCGUCUCAAAAAACCACUACCGCGACAAGCUGGGGCUGAAGAUCCUGCUAUGCCAAGUCCAGAGAGCCUUGGAAAGCCACAUUUUAUGCUUGCCAGUGUUGCAGCGCUGUAUUUGGAUUCCUUCGUGCCAGGUUUCAGCAAUGCAGAGCGCCAUGCUGCGGCUCAUGCUUUGCUCAGGCAUGAAUCACAUCAAGAUGGCACCCAUUAUCACACAGAGACCCCCGGUGGUCUUCACCCCUCGUUUAUCAAGUUCAAUGAGGUCUUGACGUCCCAGGAUCAGAAGAUGAUAACCCACGAGGAGUUUGUAGAAGCUGCACUUGAGGAUGUUUUUGAUGCGCUUUGUAUGCAAGACCGUCUGGAUGGUGGAAUCUCACUUCUCAUUCGCUGCCCUGGGUCUCAGGCAACAGACAGUCUGGCGGCUGAACAUAUCGCUGUCGAUGUCUAUGUCACUCCCCGUGAACUUCACAAGUUCCCAGAGCAGGUUGGAGGGGACGUCUCACUCUUUGUGCAAGGAUUCUGUGAGCAGAUGGCCAAACACCACCUUCAAUGCUUCACAGAGCGGUGUCGCAUUGAGGACAUUCAACCUCCCCAUCGCUAUCCAGCUCCUCAGGUGAAUCCAACCGGGUCUCAGGCCUUGCCAGCCCCUUUGGUCCUGACUGGCUCACGCAUCCAAUUCUCUGCCCGACCUCCACUCAAUUUAAAUUGCGACUUCAAGAUCCACUCCACCAAACCAAAGGGUAGUUCCAACACUCCGAUUCAUCCGCCAUCAAGCUUCGUUCAGCACACCACAGCACUAGCAAGCGAUUCUCUUACUAGCAACACCAAGCCUCGUCGGCGUCGACCCGCUGAUGCCUUUUCACUCCCGAGGAAUGUUCAACACAGCAAUUCACCCAUGCCUGUCAUUGUGUAUGGUCCACCGAUUAUUAGCAUUGGACCGAAUACCGAUGUGGUGCUUGAUCGCUUCAGAAUGGGGGAUGGGAUGAUUCCCGAGCUCCGCGAGCUAAUGACAACUGGGCCCAAAUUGGAGGCAAUCGUGCCGAAAGCAAUGUUAACUAAGACCUUUCAGGUGCUCGGGAUCACGAUUGCCGUUAAUGCACCAUAUGGCACAUGUUUGUUUUUUGAAACUUAUAAACCUGUGAUGCUGAUCCGGGUUGAAUGGCAGGACAUGAGCUCCCAGACUUUCUAUGCAUCGAGCACUCGCUCGAGACGCAUCCAGCCCUCACCUCGUUGCCAUCCAAGGGUCCAACUGAGCAAGGAAGCACGAAUCUUGCUCACUGCCUCUCGCCGUGAAAAAUCCCGCUGCUUCAAGACUGCGCUUGACGACGUGUGGGCCCGCAUCGAUGAAUCUGUCAAGACGAUUGCGUCUUCUAACGGCAAGACUAUUCACCGCGUCCAGCAUGACUUAUACAUGGGUCAACGGCUCUUGCGAUCAAAACGCUCCAAAUUGAGUGCAUGGAAUGCAUUCUGCUGGAAGAAGAAUCAGACCGCAGACAAAGAAAACGGUUUGUUGGGGAAGGCAGUCUUACCAGACCUUGUCCAGGAGAAUCGCACUGAGUAUCAUGAACUCUCUGCCGAUGCGAAAGCUAGCCUCUUGAAGGAGUAUGAGGAGCAUAAGGCCAUGAAGACCACCGGUACUCGCAUAUCCACCAAAUCGAAGGUCAACAACGUUACACAGACCCUCAAAGCCGUCGAGAAUGAGUUGAAUAGCUUAAGGUGCCGGACGGGCGCAGAGACGAUACUAUAUACAACACGUAGCUCUACUGACCUGCCACUCUGUGGAAUUGCCUAUGCAACUGAAGGUGUUCAAGAUUUCAUGGAGUCUGUCAUGAACAUCGAUAACCAAGACCUCGUUAGUAAGAUGGAAGGUUUCGCCAUGAGUGGGAUAUGCGAGGAGGCAACUGGUGACCCAGAUGCAAAGAUGCAGUGGGCUCACUAUUGGCGUAACAUUGUCCAGCGAUACCUUGUCAUUUGCGAAGGAUGGCCUGAUGGCAUUCCCUUUGGAAACCUUAGCAAAGUGUCUAACUCAUUCACCAAUCUGGAGAUGCUUCUACGCAAAUGGAAGUCUGGAGAUAUUUACUGGAGACAGAUGGAUAAUGAGGAGUUCGAGGAACUUCACCGCGAGCGAAACGAGAAACUCAACAGUGGUGAGAUUAUUGAACUUCAUCGCCGGACCUGCUCAGACAAGGGCAAGAAGUGCACUUGCACUCGUUCUCCUGACGAGAAUGAUGAGAACCCUCCCCCGAGACUCCGCAAGAAGUGCACUUGUGCUCGUUCUCCUGACGAGAAUGACGAGAACCUUCCCCCAAGACGCCGCAAGAAGACACACAAGAGUCUUCCAUUUGUCGACACUGACACUGACACUGACACCGACAACAACAACAGCAAUGUCAAUGGGACGACGCCUGCACCACUUACCUCACUCCCUUCCUCAUCGAGCAGCGGUUCCACUCAGCUCGAACCUUCAGCAUCUCUUACCACCAAUGGCAAUGAACUGCCUCCCCCAUUGAGUGGGACGGGUUUCAAUAUUUCAUUUGAUUUUGACGGUGCUUAUGCACACUCAAAUCAAUUAUUUGCUGGCCCUUCUGCCCUUUGA